UCGUCCACAACCACCGCUUCUUCGUCACGUCAUAAGUUAUUUUCCGAGCCACUGAGCCAGAGAAAGGUUCCCCAGACUCCACUAGAUUCCUUAUUGAGUGCUGCUCGCUCGAUGAUGGAUGACGAGGAAGAAGAAAGUAUUGGAUCAACCGCCACGAAUGGCUCGGUGAGGCGCUUGCGAGAAUUUUCAUCUCACGAUAUACCUGAAAGCCCCCUGCCAAAGCGAAGGAAGAUCGCUCCAGCUCUAAUACAAC